AAUAAUUUAUAUCAAGAGUCUCAUUUCAUCUUUCAAAGCUUGCUGUUUCUCUCUCUAGGAUUUAGAGAUGGGGAGUAGCUCCGGCUGGAUUUCUGCUCUCUUCUUCGCCGUCGUCCUGCACCUAUUCUCACCGGCGAACUGCUUCUAUCUCCCCGGUGUAGCCCCUAGAGACUUCCAGCGGGGCGAUCCAUUAUACGUUAAGGUUAACAAGCUAUCAUCUACAAAGACACAACUUCCAUAUGACUAUUAUUACUUAAAUUACUGCAAGCCUGAGAAGAUUAUGAACAAUGCUGAAAAUUUGGGAGAGGUUCUUAGAGGUGAUCGCAUCGAAAAUUCAGUUUAUACUUUCAAUAUGAGAGAGGAGCAACCUUGCAAAGUAGCCUGCCGGAAAAAGCUUAAUGCUGAGCAAGCGAAGAACUUCAAGGAGAAAAUCGAUGAUGAAUACAGAGUAAACUUGAUUCUUGACAAUCUUCCAGUUGCUGUUCUUAGGCAAAGGAGGGAUAAUAGUCAAUCAAUCACUUAUGAACAUGGAUUUCGUGUCGGUUUCAAGGGAAAUUAUCAAGGGAGCAAUGAGGAGAAGUAUUUCAUACAUAACCACUUGAGCUUCCGUGUUAUGUAUCACAAAGAUUCUGAAACUGAUCUAGCCCGAAUAGUAGGAUUUGAGGUCUCACAAAACAGUAUUAAUCACGAGUACAAGGAGUGGGAUGAGAAGAACCCUCAAUUAACCACUUGCAAUCAGAAUACAAAGAAUAUUAUUCAAGGCAGCACUGUCCCACAGGAAGUCGAUACAGAUAAGGAGGUGGUUUUUACAUAUGAUGUGACUUUCAAGGAAAGCGAAGUUAAGUGGGCAUCACGUUGGGACACUUACCUCCUCAUGAACGACGAUCAAAUUCAUUGGUUCUCCAUAAUAAACUCUUUGAUGAUCGUUCUCUUCCUAUCUGGUAUGGUGGCGAUGAUAAUGAUGAGGACUCUGUACAGAGACAUUGCAAAUUACAAUCAGCUGGAUUCUCAAGAGGAAGCCCAAGAGGAAACUGGAUGGAAACUCCUCCACGGAGAUGUUUUCAGGCCACCAAUAAACUCCGGCUUACUGUGUGUCUACAUCGGCACAGGUAUCCAGAUAUUCGGAAUGACACUUGUCACUAUGCUAUUCGCAGUCCUUGGUUUCCUAUCACCGUCCAAUCGCGGAGGGUUAAUGACCGCCAUGGUUCUAUUAUGGGUUUUCAUGGGCUUAUUGGCCGGUUACACUUCCUCGCGGCUUUAUAAAAUGUUCAAGGGCACCGAAUGGAAGAGGAUUACAUUGAAAACAGCUUUUAUGUUUCCAGGAAUUCUAUUUUCGGUGUUCUUUGUCCUGAAUGCCCUAAUCUGGGGUGAGAAGUCGUCUGGAGCAGUACCUUUCGGGACCAUGUUUGCACUCGUUUGUUUAUGGUUCGGUAUAUCAGUCCCGUUGGCAUUCGUUGGCAGUUACUUGGGUUUCAAGAAACCGGCCAUUGACGAUCCAGUGAAGACGAAUAAAAUACCGAGACAGGUGCCGGAGCAGGCUUGGUACAUGAAGCCUAUAUUCUCUGUACUCAUUGGAGGGAUUCUUCCAUUCGGAGCGGUUUUCAUUGAGCUGUUCUUCAUCUUGACGUCGAUAUGGCUGAACCAGUUUUACUACAUAUUCGGGUUCUUAGCUAUAGUGUUUGUGAUUCUUAUUAUCACUUGUGCGGAGAUAACGAUAGUGCUCUGCUAUUUCCAGCUGUGUAGCGAAGACUACCAUUGGUGGUGGAGGGCAUAUCUCACUGCCGGAUCAUCUGCGUUGUAUCUGUUUCUUUACUCGAUCUUCUACUUCUUCACGAAACUGGAGAUCACAAAAGUCGUGUCGGGAAUUCUCUAUUUUGGGUAUAUGUUGAUCAUAUCGUACACGUUCUUCGUGUUGACAGGUACGGUGGGAUUCUACGCCUGCUUCUGGUUCGUUAGAAAGAUCUACUCCUCCGUAAAGAUUGAUUGAUUGAUUGACUCGACUAACGAAGAGGUCUGGGGGGUGGAUAUUUCUUGUAGCUUUUUCUCUUGAAGAAAUAUUAAAGUGGUGAGAUUUCAAUCUCAAUGCAGUUAUAAUGGAUAGUAAUUUAGUGUUUGAGUGGGCUUCUUUUUAUUUUUUUACUCUUUUGUAACUUUUUUUUUACUCUUUGUUUGGUUCAUCAUAUCAUCAUCAAUGUCAGCUACUACUCCUACUUCUUCCAUAAACUAUGCUCCCAAGUUGAGAAAGUAGCUUUUAGAUGACU